UCAAACUUAGUGCUAAUAAUGAAAAUCAUAAUGAAUUUAAUAACCUGAAAGAAGAAUCAAGUGAAUUGAGCCAGAAUGAAGCCAAUGAAGUUGCUAGCCAAGAAGUUUCUAAGGAUUUUCUUUUACCUAUCACUUCGAUUAACCGUAAUAAAAUAUCUAAAAGGCGUCUACUUGAAACAUUAUCAAUACCUCAUAUUGCUUUUGAACAAGCAGCAAACAUACAUGAUAAAAAACUAGACAAAAUGAAAAAGACAAUUGAACUUUCACAACAACAUAACCAGAAGUUUGUUAAGACAGGUUGUACCUGUUUCAUUAAUAUUUGUUGGCCGUUAAGUGCGCCGGGUCUAUCAAUUACUAAAUUGAGUCUUAUCCAUUAUAGCUAUACACUUUGUCUCGAUAAUGUACACUUUAUUAAUGUAUAUCGGCAACUUCCUCAAAACAUAAUUGAUAAGGUUGGAUUUUACGUAAAAGCAGUUUCUGACAUUAGUCAGCAUACAUUGAGACAACUUUUACAAGGUGAAUUCAAGAAUCAAUUGUUUCUUGAUAAAGAUUUAGCCAACGUGAUUCAAUAUUUUAGAAAGGGUAAUAUAACAGAUCUGGAGAAGGAUCCUGAAAAUGAUAUGUCUAAUCUUUUGAAGGCUUUGAGAAUGUUUAAAGAAGAUAACCCAACAUGA